AAGCGAAAUGGCACCACAAAAGUAAAUAAUUCCUCCUCGACGAUCGAGCAAAAGACGAUUGCUUCAUUGCACAUGUGUAUGCACCCGGCGGGGCGGUCAACGAUCCGCAACUCCGUGGGGCAUCAUCACCGCCGUCAGCCAGUCAACGAACCACGGCUUCGUGAUGUUAUGAAAUGUGUGUGUGUGUGCUUUUUCUUUCUGAUUUAGACCAUUUGGUAAGCGUGUUACAACCCGGACACAACAACGUGCCUGGUGAUCGACUUGAUGAUCGAACCAUACAACGUACAAACACACAUACCGACAAAUUCGCAACCCUUCUGGCAUUUACGACACGGAUUUACCCGUGGUGGAUUUUUUUAUUUGUCCAAAAACUCCCUUUCCCCACUGGGAUUUGCGUGUCUUAUACAGUGACGCGUUAUGGCAGAUGAAUCACAGCCUCAUGUUUUCUUUUCGUUUUAGGCUGUUGCGUGAUCUUGCACGAUUCUUAUUUUGCCUAAAUAAACGCGUAGAAAUUAGGCAACUGGGUUAAUUCUAUUCGCUAAUCGAAUGAUCUAGCAUGCAUCGGUGGUUUUGCGAUUCGCGGACAGCGAACGAUUGCAACAUCUUUGCUAAAGAUCCAUCACACAGCAAAGUUCGAACGAUCACUGAUUUUUCCUUGCGCAUUCGGGGUGGUUUUGGGAAGUUUUUUUUUCAGUCGAAUGCAUGAGAUCCGAGAGACAAGGUCACGGGAUGGUAAUUGCAUUACGGCAACGAAAGUUUGUCCGGCGCGUUGUUUUGCGCCGAUCGAGGCAGGUGGAAUGAUGCGUGUGUGAUGAUAGUGCGGUUCGCUAGUGUUAUCGCGUUUUGCCGAAGCGGCUACGCAUUAAUUACCCGUCGUAACGUUGCCUCCAUCAAUCAACGUUAACAAUUCGCAUAGCCAACAAUCGCUCUAGCAGUACGCUCAUGUGUGAGUGCAUUAUCGCACUUUAAAACCACAAUAGAUUAAUGGCAAAUUUCGAUUUGUUUAUUUAUUUGUUCACAUUAGCGCCCUAUCAGAGGAGGCUCUCUCUUUGUUUGUACAGAUAGUGGUGAUUAAAAUUAGUCUUUUUUAUUAUUUUAAUUUAAAUAAGCUUAUCACAUAAUUAACAUACGCGUAUAAUAAUCGUUUACCAGACACUUAUCGUUCUAUCAUCGCGAACGUGCCUUUGUUUUCAUUUGUACGAGUUUUGAAUCGUAUUCUUUCGUACCGUUUAGAGGGGCGCUUUCGUUACUUCAAGUAAAGUUUCUGCGUGCUGCCCUUCUGCAUCAGCUCGGUUGCAGCUGUCAAAUUCUUAGCAAAAAGAAAAGCUCAAAAUCGGGUGAAAGCAAGUGCGCUCUGCUAUUGGUAUUUUUCGUUCGCAUAUUGAAAAGAAAAUCGUGCUAAAGUUUGCCUCUUUGUUGCGGAAAAUGCUAUUCCUGUUCACGUGAACCGAAAUCUUGUGGUGCCCUAGUAACACCGUACGUUAAAAGCUGUCCAUCAUGCCGUGGUGCGAUUAAGAAAUAAUCAAUUUGUAAAGCUUGUUUCAGACGCCGGAAUGGAAGAUGAAACCAUGUUUGGUGAAAAGCAAUCGAUACGGGACUCGGCCCGCUCGCUAAAGAAGUACGGCAGCAUAUCCGGCGGAAGUCGAAGCCCGGCCGCACUGCAGCCCACCGACGCAUUGAUACGGCACGACGUCGAGCGGACCGACACGCUGCAAGGCCUUGCCUUGAAGUACGGAUGUAGCAUGGAACAAAUUAGGCGAGUAAAUAGGCUACUGCCAACGGAUACCAUCUUCCUGCGGCCGUUUCUUAUGAUUCCAGUAUCGAAAGACUCGCCCCAUUAUCCUAAGGAUCCUGAAGCAAUCAUACGUCCAAACGCGCUAGCCAGCCGGAUGUCAUCCGGUAGUGGUGGUGCAGCUAGCGGCAGCGGUAACAGCAUUAUUAGCAACAAUAACAACAGCAUCAGCUCCGAUGGCAAUGGGUACUCGCUGAGCGAGGAAUCGCCGCUCGUAUCACCGGAGGAGGAAAGUCGCAAGAAUCUGGAAGAGUUUCUUGGCAAAAUCGACAGCUCGAUCGCGUCCACGCGCAAAUGCAUCGCGGAGGUGCAGCGAAACAGUGACUUCGUGACGAGCAGCCAGAGCGACGAUAACCUAUUUUUCUCGUCCUCGUCGGGUGGCGGUGUUAGCGGGAGCGGUAGCAGUGGGUACUAUUCGAAACCGCGUGCCUAUUCGAAUGCGUCGUCUUCGUCCUCGAUCUCGUCUUACCAGCAGUAUCACUAUCACGUGCCGAGCGGUGGCAACAGUUCGCAACACGCGUCCGUUGCCGCUGGUGGCAGCGGCGUCAACCAUCACAAGCGGCAGAGUUCAUCCGGCAGUGCGGCAUCCGAUACGAAUCAGCUGAUUGUGAUGACGCAAGGCAAGCGGGUGCAAAGUUCGCUACAAAAGCUGGAACGUCAGCAAGAUGAACUGUUCGAAUUGUAGCACCAGCCGUGGUUGGCAAAGGCGGAUUCCACCGGAGCAAAGCGAACACUGGAAGGAGAUUCAUUCCUGAGCUUUGCGAUGGAUGACGACGACGACGAUGACGCCGAAGACGAUCAUAACGGUGUGAACUGCCCGAUCGGUUUAGAGACACAAGCUCUAAUGGUGGUUCCUGUAGGAUACGGUGGUCUUAUUGCAUCACACUAUCAUCAUCCUCAUCAUUACAUCACUCGGUAUGUACGCCAUCGACAUACGCUCCACGUACAAUUACAAACGUUUGGCGCUAGUUUAAAGGGCAAGCUGGGCAGCAUUGUUGGCGUACUAAUUAAUCGUACGCGACGCACUGGUAACAUUACGUUGCCAUCUGCCGUCCCAACAAUCGAAGGUACAAGCCUUUAAUCGUUACCGAUGGACUGACACCCUUUGUGCAAUCCUUGUUUAGGGGUAGCCUUUCCAAAGGAUCACUUCGGUUAGGUGUCUGUGGGAAUCUUAUUGUGCUAAUUUACCAUACCAAGUCCUCAUCCAAUCACGAACUUUUUUCAAUCAGUUAAGCAUAUAUUUAUCCAAACUAGCUAUUAUGAUUUCACCCAAUGUAGGACGGUGCUUGAAUGGGUGAGUCGAAAGUCGUGCCCGUUGUAUUAUUUUUGCCCCGAUCCUUGUACUCGUACAAAGUGGUUGGGUAAACUCCACCGCACGAGAUAAGUGCGGUAUCAAACACAGUAUAUUUUUGAUGUUUGAGGACUAGCAAGUCCCCACCCACCAUAACCGUGCAGAGCACACACACACGCAGGCGGUGAUACAUUCACUAUCGGAAGAAUGGUUUCCCCGUUGAGUCCAAAACGAUGGGAAGCGCGCAAAUGUAGGUGCAAAUGAGUGCUGAUUCGAAUAGCAAUUAAACAGUUGGACAGCAACACAGGAGAAGAAACAAUCCGACCGAAAGGUGCUAUUAUAUCUAGAUUAGUAGAAAAAAGUACACUGAAUCCGCGUCAUUUAAUCAGCUUCAUCCGUGCACAUUUACCACACAACCAUCUAGCGUAUGGGCAGAACAGUACACGGCGUCCAGAAGAUAUCGCAACGCUUUUACAGAUAAGCACUCGCAGUAGGGCGUCCGUCGUACAUCCUACAAAAGACGCUUAAAUAGGUCGUCAUUGUCCAUGGUGUCUGCGAAGAAAGUGUGAUAUGAUCUUGAGUAUAUCACAUUCAUUCUUACCAACCUCGUUCCCAACCAGGAACGGAUAAGAUGAUUGGCUGCGACAUGGAUGUAUUGUGACGCAGUGCUAGCAAAAAAAAACAACACACACGCCAUUCAGCGACAAUCGUUUCAACAAUCGUUGAGAGCAUCAUGCAUACAACAACCUGCGUCACUUAGCGACAAACCGCAGAAAUGCGCGGCUUUAAUGCACGUUUCUAUUUUCAUCCUUCACUUUUGUGGGACAUGGCGAGAAAGGGAGGGAGAGUGUUAAUUGCAUCCACAAUCCGGCACCUGGUUUCGGUGGAACCCAACACCCAACACUUAGGGCACCUACUACGAGGUAUUGCAAGUGUUUUGGCGCUUUUCGUACCUCACAAUACUAGAGAUUGUGGACAUGGCUAGUUUACAGUUGCAGUUUAAAAAUAGUCAAAUUGCACGCACUCAUGAAACAUGUUGUGUUUCUUUUAAACGAUUCAAACCACAUUUCAUGACUCAUCACACCUAAUAGUUAAGUGUCGUUAUUCCGAUCAUUUAUCAUAUUACAUAUCGUCGUGAAAUAUUUUAUCAAAAGUAGUGAAACAAAGCACAGUGUAGGAAAGAUGGCAGGAAAUAAUGAAAAGGAAUUGAACCGCAAAGAUAAAAAAGAUAGAGAGAAUAACCGUCUGCAUGGCGAACAAAUUAGCUAACCAAACGAAUCAAAUAAUAAUAUCAAUCGUUUUCCAGUUAUUUGCUUUACAAAACGUUCCAACUCACACAACUGUUGUAGGUAAUUUACAAAGGAGUAAAUUAUUUAUAUUACAUUUAUUCAUCACAUCGCGCACACACACACAUGCAGUGCGGAACCAAAGUAUAACGUGUCAAUAUAAAUCUGUUCGGAUGUUUGGCGUCUGAUUUUAUUAUGCAAAUCAUUGCAAAAGCUUAACCUAGCGUGAAACAAAUUAAUGGACUAUUAAUUAUUAAAACAUUGCUGACCGGUUUUGGGUUCCCGUACUGAUUAAUUUCAGCGUUGUAUUUUUUUUUUUCAUUAACAACCGUUAUCUUCACCAAUUGUGUGUGGUUGAUAAGGAUAAAAUUGCCAGCAUAAUACGUUUAAUAUUUAAUUGUUACAAAACGCGGAAACAAUGUCAGAAGUGUAAAUUGUUUUGAAUCAUUUCAUAAAUCUUAUUAUAAAUCUCGUGUUAUAUAACACUGCUGUACAAAUCAUUAAUAUGUUAUGCCAUUUUGCAUACAAAAAUGAAAUUGAAUCACACCAAUGUGUCUGAAUACAUUCAACAGAAAAACAACACAUUUAAAACGAAAGCAUAAAACGUUAUUAGUUAAGUUAUUUUCAAAAUUGUGAUAUCAUUUAUUACGAAGCUACUGUUUGUAAGUAAUCUCAUUUCAAUCGCUAACAUCAACGCUUUUUGCCUCGUUUUAUUCGCUACGGAUGGAAUCUUACCGUAUCAUCAUUCUUAACAUAGCAAUUAAGGGCUCCGGAUAAACCCGAAUUGAAUGUAGUUUGAACUGGACGGACCAUCUGAUCUUAAUUCCACUAGCAAAACCAAAACGCCUGUAAAGUGAAAUAUAAGAAAUGUGUAUAAAACAAAAAAAGCUCCUAUAAUACUUCACGAUCAGCACAGUUCCGGGAGAUGAUUUGAAGAAAAAUUCCAAAACUACCAGAACAUCACACCAAGUUACUUUCUUAUUCUGGCUCGUGUAAAUAAAGACCAUACUUUGGCCAUAAAGUAUAGUCAAUAAUAGACGACUAACUAAGAGAAGCAUAGUUCGGGAUAAAAUCUCGACUGAUUGUCCAGCUAUGGGUAAGCCAAGCCACAGAUAUUCAGUCAACUGAGCAAGGCAAAUCACACAAGACCUUUGAAAAUCGAGACUAGAGUAUUCAACUAAGAGGGCGUUAAUAGAGACAUUCAAACGAGAUUACACAUCUGAUGAUCAAUCGUAUCAAGCGACUGGUGGUUUAAUAGGAGGUAUCUUGAAGAUCUUGUUACAUGGCUGGAAGUUUCAUUCAUGAUUUACUGCCCGGCAAUUCCUUAACUAUAUAAAGAAAGAGAAGUAAAAACUUAAAGAAAUCAAUCAUAAAAAAGAUCACCAGCAGCAACAUGCAUAGAAUUUUGAGGGAAAUACUUAUUAUCAACAAGAGCUUAUAUUCCGUCUUUUUAAGUUUUAAUUCCGACGAAACUUUCAGCCAUGUAAAAUUGCGUAACCUCAGUUGGCAGAUGCCCAAAACUCCCUUUGAAAUAAAGCGCGCGCGCGCGUGCGAAAACGAGCCUUAGCCGUGUAAAUGUGUGUAUGAUAAUGGUAAUAGUAAUAAUCUUAAAGAGACGUUUACAAUGUCGAUAAAGGAACAACCAAUGUAAAGGAAUCGCGUAAACGAAAGUAGCGUGCUUGUGUAUAUAGUGUGAACAUAUACGAACAACUCCACUGGCUGUAAAGUAACUGGCAAGGGAAAUAGCAGAGUGUAGCGAGCUCCAUCGAAUGGGGCCGGGAUGUGUUAUGUUGAUAUAGAAGGACACAGAAACAUGAGAAGCAGUGAGAAACCGCUAAAGUAAAUGAAAUAAAAUAUAUCUAUAUCAUGUUUAACCAAACAAA